GCUCAAAGCUUAUGCCAAAGCAAAACCAGGUUCCAAACACGAACAGGAACAAGAAGCGCAAAUGGCCAAGGGUCGAAAAUUCCCCGCCACGGCCCGAAGCGAGCGCUUCUUCGGAACAAUCUACUCACCCCAGGGCUCCGCCGCCGUCGAACCCUCCGAGUUCCGGGAAGAGGACGUGUGGUCCACGCCGGAAGACCGCGAAGGAGACGUCAAUGCCUCGCCUGGCCAGUGGGAGCCACGCGAGUGGCCGCGGCGUCGGAACAGCAGGGAACAGCAGGGGCACCGUCACGUGGGGGGUUUGUCGUUGGCAUUCGAGGAUCCGAAUGGGUCAAGUGGUGGUGGUGGUGGCGCCACGAGAAUCGUGCACCACCAGUACCGCGCGCAGCACGACACCGUGUCGUCGUCGCCACGUGGUCGCCAUCACCAAAUGGCCACGUCAGCUCCCGUGAACGUGCCUGACUGGAGCAAGAUCCUCCGCGUCGACUCGGUCGAGUUGAUGCACGAGAUGGACGACGCCUUCGACGAUAACGACCCCGAGAUGGUUCCGCCACACGAGUAUCUGGCGCGCAGCCGCCAGAUGGCGUCGAACUCGGUAUUCGAGGGCGUGGGGCGCACGUUAAAGGGCCGCGACAUGAGACGAGUUCGCGAAGCCGUUUGGAGCCAGACCGGGUUCGACGGCUGAGUUGUUUGCUCCGGUUUGAUUUUUGGAACAUUCGAUCCUUAUAGUUAGUUAUCAUGGGUGGUGGCCGAUUUAAAAAUUUUGGGGAAUUUAAAAAAGAGAUUAAACAGAUAAAUUUAGUGUUUAUUUUUUUGGGUUAUUAUUAUUAAAAUUGAACGAGUGAUGGGUGGGGAAUUAUUGGGGUGGUGGAGUCGGGUUAAUAGAGUCCGACCCGGAGGUGAUUGGUGGGAGAAAGAGAGUGGAUCUGUAUUGUAUAACAUGAGAUGUUAUAAAAUCUGUUUUGGGAUAA